UUGAGAUUAGCGAACUAAGAAAGAAGUAUGCUGAGCUUGAAGCUAAUAAUAUCGAAGUCGAAGCUGAGAAUGCAAAAUUAAAACGAGACAAAGAAGAAGUUGAAGCCAGAUUCUUGAAUCUAGAGCAGAGAGAUAGGGAAAAAACUGAUCUUAUCGCUAAACUGAAACAUGAUGUCUCACUAAUCAAGGAGCAGAGCUUGCAAAACAGGGACACUCCCGCAUCUGAUAUAACUGAUGAUACUUCAAAUUCCGACAUAUGUCAGGGGACAAAGACUCAGCUGGAGGUUGGUUCACGUCAAUGCUCCACAUCACCAAUUUAUAUUUCACAAUAUAAUAAAAACAAAGUACAGAAAUUCAUGGUAGAAGUUUCUAAAAACUCUAGCUCGUCUAUUAAUAAUAGCAAUGCAGACAGUAAUGUGAUACCUACAACCCAGAAUGAAACAGAAGAGUCAAAGACUCGAUGCUUCGCAUCAUCUCAACCCAGCAAUAUUAGCUUCACAUUUUUAUACGAAAAACUUUGUAAUGCUAUAAUUCUCGCUGACCGUAAAACCCAAGAAGCAAUCUUCUGUUAUUGUAAUUUUGGUAAAGCUCUCAUUCAAAGACGUAGUGAAUUGGCAUCAGAAAAACAAGUUGAUCCGGAAUCUAAUGCAGUUAGUAGAAUUUUAAAUAAGGAAGUUCGCGCUCAGCUCCCUGCAAAUAUUUCUGACGCGCUUUUAUGGAAGAGAAUCGAAAAGGCUAAAAAGCUCUACAAACUUUUCAGUGUAAUAG